UCAUAUAUAUGGCAGGUUCAAACAACAGUAGUGUCAUAACUUUGGAGACAACACCAACAUGGGCUAUUGCGGUUGUGUGUUUCAUUUUAAUUACUAUUUCCAUUCUUAUAGAACAUGUCCUUCAUCUCUUAGCUAAGUACUUCAACAAGAAGAGAAGGAAAUCUUUGAUUCAAGCUCUAAACAAUAUCAAAUCAGAGUUGAUGCUUUUGGGAUUUGUCUCUUUAUUGCUGACUGUUCUCCAAAAGCCUAUUGCCAAAAUUUGUAUCCCAAAGGAUGCUGCUCAGACUUUUCUUCCUUGCCAAAGCUUGACAAGUGAUGAUGUUGAGGAGGAAUCAAAAUGUGAACAACAGGGAAAGAAAUCUUUGAUAUCAAGAGCAGGUGUCCAGCAGCUUCAGCUUUUAAUAUUUGCUCUUGCUUUCUUUCAUAUUCUUUCUUGCAUCCUCACCUUCAGUCUUGGAACACUCAAGAUGAGAAGAUGGAAAUUUUGGGAGGCAGAAACAACAACCUUAGAUUAUCAAUUUUCACAUGAUCCAAGGAGGUUUCAACUAAUUCAUCAAACAUCAUUCGGAAAGAGGCAUCUCAAUUUUUGGAGUGAACACCGCUUUCUGCGUUUCCCAGUUUGUUUGUUGAGGCAAUUUUAUGGAUCAGUAUAUAAAGUAGACUACUUAACUCUCCGGCAUGGAUUCAUAAUGGCACAUUUUGCUGAAGGAACAGAGUUUGAUUUCCACAAGUAUAUAAGAAGAGCUUUAGAUAAAGAUUUUAAAGUUGUCGUGGGAAUUAGCCCAUGGAUUUGGACCUUUUCUAUGCUCUUCAUAUUCUUCAAUGCAAAUGUGUUCCAUAGCACCUAUUGGCUUCCUUUCAUUCCUCUAGCGAUGUUAGUGGUGGUUGGAACAAAACUACAAGGCAUAAUCACAAAAAUGUGUUUGGAGAGCAAUUAUAAGUCAAGUGUUGUUAGAGGAAACUUAGUGGUUAAACCUGAUGAUCAAUUCUUUUGGUUUGGAAAACCCAAACUUCUUCUUCAUCUCAUGCAUUUCAUCCUCUUUCAGAACUCAUUUCAGUUGGCAUUUUUUACAUGGACAACGUACAAUUAUGGGUUAAAUUCUUGCUUCCACCAUAAAACAGUAGAUAUUGUGACAAGGCUUGUUAUGGGAGUGCUUGUUCAUUUUCUCUGUGGAUAUGUCACAUUGCCUUUAUAUGCUCUCGUUACUCAGAUGGGAACCAAAAUUAAAAAUAGUGUUUUCACUGAUGGAAUGAUUAGUGGGAUAAGAAGAUGGCAAGAAAAAGCAAAGAGGAAAUUGGCUAAAAGAAGCAAUUACUUGUUAGCACAAAAUUCUUUGGAUAAUUCAUUAUCUUUAAAUAUUUCACCAUCUUUUAAAACUUCAUUGGAUGUUACAUCAUCAACCGAUACUGAAAAUGAUGAAGAAAUUGUAGAUGAUCAGAGGCAAAUUAAGCAGCACACAGAAUUUGGAUCUUUUGGUGGCUUUCACUCUAGUAUAUUCUAA